AUGUUUCGAGCUCGCCGGUACCGCGUCCUGAUCAUAUUCGCGGCGGCUUUCGUCCUCACGUUCUUUCACUUCGCGCGCUCACGCGAUUGGAGCAAUACAGUGAUCGAAGAGUCGGUUGCUGUCACCAAUCCUGCCACUAAAAAGCCUCCGACAUUGAUACCUGAGAAUCCUGCCGCCGUUGAUCUCGUCGAGGAGAAUAGAAAUCAUCUGGUUGCCGAUCCUCAUCGCGACACCCCAGAGCCCCCACCACCGUCGACAGAAAAGUCGAAAUCGCCAGUGGGCCCCAGUAACACUUCAAAGGACGAUCGAUACAAGGACGGCUCUCAUGGCGCACCGCCGGUAAACCCGCCCAUCAAGGAUACUUCCAAGGAUGCCCCGAAGGAUACCGCGAAGGUGGAAACUACCGUCCAGUUACCACCGCCGAUAGAGCAGGGUGUCAGCAGUACAAUCGAGGAGGAGAUUGACAAUGGAGAUGUUGGCAGGAAGGCAGUGGAACGUCCUGGUUCUAACAUCCCAACGGCCGAGUGGAGGAAGUUCCCAGAGCGGUUCCCCGUCCCCGCAGCGGAAGUGAUCAAGCUCCCAAAGGAACAGUCGAAAGCAAUCCCCAAGCUGCAGGCUAAGUUCAAGGAUGAGUCAAGCUCAGAUAAGCAAGAGCGUCUCCAACGCCUCAGCACUAUCAAGGCUGAGUUCAAGCAUGCUUGGCAAGGUUACAAGGACAUCGCGAUGGGACAUGACGAAGUCAAACCCCUGUCGAAGCAAUUCGAAGACCCAUUCAAUGGCUGGGGAGCGACAUUAGUCGAUUCUAUUGAUACUCUUUGGAUUAUGCAAUUGAAGGAUGAGUUCUCUGAGGCCGUGGAUGCGAUCAAAAACAUUGAUUUUAAAACAUCACUGAGAGCCAAUAUCCCGAUGUUCGAGACAACGAUCCGCUAUCUCGGAGGUCUUAUUGGUGCCUAUGAUAUUUCUGGACAACGAUACCCCGUGCUUUUGGAGAAAGCGGAGGAGCUUGCUGAGGUUCUCAUUGGUGCCUUUGACACGCCCAACCGCAUGCCGCACCUUUACUAUCGCUGGGCCCCAGAGUCAGUUUCGAAACCGCACCGGGCAUCUUCCCGAGCUGGCCUGGCUGAAAUUGGAUCGCUUUCCUUGGAGUUUACCCGUCUGGCUCAAUUGACCAAGCAGGACAAAUAUUAUGAUGCGAUUGCACGGAUUACCAAUGAAUUGGAGAAGAUCCAGGAUUCAACUAGUAUUCCUGGGCUGUGGCCUCUGCGAGUCAACGCACAGGGAUGCUCGAAGUACAUCCCGUCCAAGCCUCCCCGUAAUGGCAGCCCUACCCGUGAGGAGCAUGCUGCUACUACUCCUAAGACCACAGCGGUUGUUCACAAUGACCACGCUGCACCAACAGACCUUGACAGCUAUUUGAACUUGAUUCCACGCGACACAGACGUUGGCGUCCAAGGACAUGCACAAUCAAUCAAUGAUACUCGAAUCGCUAGUGAACUUGGAAUCCAAGCACGUGGGGAAAGCCCAGCCGACCAAUGUAAUGGCGGAUUGGGACUUCCCAAUUCAGUUAAUGAUAACACAUACACCAUGGGAGGAAUGGCAGACUCAACCUACGAAUAUCUGCCCAAGGAAUACCUGCUCCUGGGUGGCCUGAACGAGCAAUACCAAAAUAUGUACAUCAAAGCAGCGACUGCAGCCCGCAACACUCUUCUUUUCCAGCCCAUGGUGAAAGGUGGACGCGAUAUCCGCUUUAUGGCUUCGGCUACAACUACCCCCGGAAAGAACACAGAGCUUAUUCCCACUGAUUUCGAGUAUGGAGGUCAUCACCUUAUGUGUUUCGUCGGUGGUAUGUUUGCCAUUGGUGCCAAGGCCUUUGGCAUCGAUGGUGAUUUGGAGCUUGCAGCUAAGCUGACGGACGGUUGUGUCUGGGCUUACGAGUCGACUCAAACCGGAAUUAUGCCUGAGCAAUUCCGUCUUUUGCCCUGUGAGAAGGGCUCUGCCUGCGAAUGGGACCAGGCUCGCUUUGACGCCGGCCUGGCACGCAACUCGCGUAUCGACCCGAGCGCAGGCCCCCAAUUCCGCAAUGGAGAAAGCACUUAUGAACAGCGCGUGAAGCUGAAUGCUCACGAACCGCCGCAAGGCUCGGAGAGCAGGGCGGUCCCCCUUCCUAUGCCAGGCUCAUUGAACCCUCACGAUGUGGGGAAGCGUGAUGGAUUUGCACUAAGAAAACGCACUGCAUCCUCGUCCGCCGUUUCAAUCCCAGCACCCACACCCAGUGAAGCUGAUGCUGACCUGCAGAACCGAGACGCACCUCGUCCUUCUUUGUCGCCCGCUUCUCCUCUAGUUGCUGAAGUCGGCAAACAUCACCUCCCAGCAGGAAUGGUCAGUAUCCAGUCGCCGAAAUACUACCUUCGGCCCGAAGCCAUUGAGUCUGUCUUCAUCAUGUAUCGCCUGACUGGCGACGAAUCUUGGCGCCAAAAGGGAUGGCAGAUGUUUGAGGCCAUCAUCAAGUAUACCCGCACGGAGAUUGCCCAUGCGGCCAUUCAGGAUGUCACAGCCCAGAAACCGACCCAUAGUGAUACUAUGGAGUCUUUCUGGCUCGCUGAGACGUUGAAGUAUUUCUACCUUUUGUUCAGCGACCCCGAUGUCGUGGACUUGGAUAAAUAUGUUCUAAACACCGAAGCGCACCCCUUCCUGCGCCCGAUUUCAUAA